AUGGAAGCCACUGUCGGCUGGUGCAACUCCGGCUGCCGGAGUCAAUACAAGAACGGCCACUACCACGUGUUCAUCCACGUGAGUAUCAAUAUGGGUUUGAAAGGAGGGCCCAUUUGGAGAAUUUUGUGGGGGAAAAUCAAGAAAGAGAAGAUGAAGAAGAAGAAGAAGAAGAAAAGGAAGAAGAAAGUGCAUGGAGUUUUGAAUACGACGCAGUUUAGUUAUGAUCCGUGUGAGUAUGCACAGAAUUUUGAUCAGGGGUUGAUGGUGAAUGAUUUCGAUGAUCUUUCGAGAUCGUUUUCAGCUCGUUUUGCUGUCCCGUCUACAGUUUUCAACAAGGGAUUAACGUCGGCAAUGCCAAGAUCAGAAGAACAACUCGGCAAUGGCAAGCCGAGUCUUGCUUCUUCUUCCUCCCUCUUCCCCCUUUUCUUCCUUGGUGGAGUUGAGGUGGAGCUGGAAGAGCUCAAUACCACUCCAUUCAUCCUUAUAGAAGUCAAAUAG